AUGGCCGAGCUGGCCCGACGUCAGACUCUCAUAGGCCUGCUUCCUGAGCUCCCCCUGUCCUCCCCCCCUCCCCAUCCUCAGCACUCCGGAAUCUCUCGCCGUCAGCUCGGAGGAGAUUGUCUGCGCAAGACGUUCAAGUUUGACAAUCACCCUCAUGACUGGCAUGUGUUCUCGAUAUCUGCCUUGAUCCGAAGGCAUCGACUCCUACAAAUACCCAUCGACCCUUUAUACCUGCUCCUCCCUGCCAGAAUUGUGUCUCGUUUAGACUGCUCCCCAGGCCCCAGUCAUCAUACAUAUUCCCCGAAUGCUGCGUCCCUCCAAAGCUUUCCCAGUGUUCUUCGCAUUUCAAUUUCACCCCAAAUCCGCACCCGCACCGUCCCACACCCAGCCUGGCCCUCGACAGUCUCCCGGACGGCCUUCCCCCUCUUCUCACCCUCAAAUCUCACCCUCCCACCCUCUCUCACCCAAUCAGAGUGUACUCACGUUAUUCCUGCUCAACCGCCAAACCCAGCCGCUGUCCUCAGGGCAGUUGCCGUCCAAACCCACCCUGGCAUUGAACAGUGGCCGCUAGAUCUUCACGCUUCCUCUGGCUUGUUCCCGCCGCCCCAAUCUUACACAUUUCCUCCUUUUCAGCCAAAAAAAACCAACACCCUCGUCAUCAACUGGCCUUCGUCCAUCCCCCAACAAUCAACCCAUCCUGUCUAUCCUCCCCCCAUCGGCAGCCGCUCCCAACCACAGCCCGCCAACCAACCAAGCCAGGACAUCGUCAUCUCUCCGUCGGGGCCUCAGACGAUUCGCUAA